GUUCGACAUUUAUUCUCAACUGUGCUGUCGGGUGAUGUGUUUAAAGUAGUGCUUUUUUAUUUGAAUUCUUUUGCGAUACAAAAAACACAAAAGUCAACCGAAGAACAUCCUACGCCAGUUCAGUGCACGGUGUCCAACGUGCCAUCCCAAGGAUACGGAGUUGGCUCAUUAGAAAACGCUGCUCGCAACAAAGUCACUUCUGUUCGGUGGAUUUCUAUUCGUUUUUGUAGUGUUUAUUUGCUAAAUUCUUCGCAACGCACAAGAGGAGCACUGUGUCGGUAUUUUGUUGCGUUGUGCAGCCAUUCAGGCUACUUGGCUCACGGUGGAUUUCAAACUCAUUUGGCAACCGCGCAGAAUGGGAACAGAUUGCUAGACAUACCGUGCAAAGUGUGUGGAGAUCGCAGCUCGGGCAAACACUACGGCAUCUACAGCUGCGAUGGCUGUUCCGGGUUCUUCAAGCGCAGCAUACAUCGAAACCGGGUGUACACGUGUAAGGCGGCCGGUGAGCUAAAGGGUCGCUGCCCGGUCGACAAAACGCAUCGCAACCAGUGCCGUGCCUGCCGGCUUUCCAAGUGCUUCCAGUCGGCGAUGAACAAGGACGCGGUUCAACACGAACGGGGCCCACGGAAACCGAAGCUCCAGCACCUGCAAGCGAACGGAGGCCAUCCGGGACAUCCGCACCUGUCCGGGGCGUUCGUGAACAGUGCAUCCUACGGGCACGCGAUGUCUCACUUUCCGCCCGGUUUGCACCACUCGGCCAUGAGCGGCUCGAACACACUGCUCCACCAUCCUCAACCACUCUCGUUCGCACCGCUAGGCCAUCACAUGGGACCUUCGUUACUACCUCCGGUCAAGCUGGAACAGAGUAAGUUCGAGUUCUCACUCGGUGGGCCCAAUCGUGGUGGUGAUGGUGGUGGACAACUGCCCGGAGCGAACAUCCUGUCACCGAUCAAGAUCGAACACGGCAAAAUGGCGUCCGUCGGUGGGUUCGAGUUCUCGCCGGCCGGACACAUGCAGCACAUGUACAAGUCCCUGGAACCGAUGCCUCCAUCGCCAACCGACUCCAAGAGCUCGAUCAGUGUCGACUCACCGUCCGAAAGUCUCACCAGUCCACACUCAACGGUGGAUGGCAGUUCCAGCGUUCUUAGCCCAACGCCGAUCAACGCCACCAGUUUAAGCCUUCCUUCGCCACUGUCCCAGAACGGUGUGCUUGACAUACUGAUGAGCACGGACAAGUGCCAAGAGUUCAUCCAGUACCAGAUGCAUAAUAGCAGCAUCGCUUUCCCUGCAUUUACGCCUGUGAGCAGCGCCUCGAGCGGCGUCACGCUCGGGAGUCCUGGGCAGACACCGACGUCGGCACCACCGCCUCCCAUGCCACAAGUGCCACCGUCAUCGACCGCUUCAUCGACGGGACCUGCACCACCUCCACCGCCACCACCGCCACCGCUCGUCCCACACCCGAUCGCGCUGACUGCCCUACCGCCCGAAGGUCCUACCAUUGUGCGACUUCCCACCUGGGAGAUCCUGCAGGAAACAACAGCUCGACUUCUGUUCAUGUCCGUCCGGUGGGUACGGUGCUUAAUUCCAUUCCAGACGCUCUCCAAAAAUGAUCAACAUUUACUCCUGCAGGAAUCUUGGAAGGAACUGUUCCUACUGAACUUUGCCCAGUGGAGUGUACCGUGGGAUUUGAGCAGUCUGCUUGAUUCACCUCAGGUGCGCGAUCGGUUGCCUCCCGAUGCGGCCACUCAGCUUGAGAUGAAAACGAUGCAGGAGAUACUAUGCCGGUUUCGACAGAUUUCGCCCGAUCUGAGUGAGCUGGGCUGUAUGAAGGCAGUGAUCCUCUUCUCACCGGAAACGUCCGAGCUGUGUGACGUGCAGCCGGUCGAGAUGCUGCAGGACCAAGCCCAGUGCGUCCUGUCGGAGCACGUGCGCGUCCGGUACCCACGUCAACCGACCCGUUUCGGACGACUUUUACUGCUACUGCCCCUGCUACGCACGAUCCGGUCCACCACCAUCGAGACCCUGUUCUUCAAGGAAACGAUCGGUACCGUCCCCAUCUCCCGGCUGCUGAUCGACAUGUACCAGAUGGAAAAGUACACCGACCUGGAGGGUGGCAGCGGAGGAACACCAACGCCAAACGGUGCCAUUACGCCCAAGGCAUAAAUCUCUGUCCCGUUCCUUAUCGACCACGGUACACCGCAAAACACCGCACUCAAGGGUUUUGUGGGAAUUCUUUUGGUGGUGCUUUUUAAUUUCCCAAAAACAUCACCACACACAGACACACACAGUAGACAGUAGAGACCGUCCAAUUCCGUGGAGAAAGCGAGCGCAAAAGUAUCGUGCUUGUAGCGCACAUGUUUCUGGGGUAAAAGUAUUUUUCCACAACGCUUCCGGCUGUUUGAGUUUUAUUCCGUUCCGCUAUUCCUGUGCGGGAGAAGGAACUGUUGCCACCCUGUAGUCUGCAAUGUUGCGAGUUCUUAUGAUUACAUGUUUGCAACUUUUCGCUGCUUGACGCAGUUCACGAAGCAA